UCACAGUCCAUCCAUAGAGAGUGUUCAGGAUUCACAUGACACAUCGAGCUGUUCUGACUGGUGUGUCCUGCUAGUAACUACCUGGUUUGGGUUUGAAAUCCACGCUGGAGGGACAGAGCAGGAGGAACGGACCACGGAUUUACGGACUGUCGCUACUGUACUGAAACUGGACAGCCAUGGGAGCUGUUCUGGGGGCCUUUUCCUUCGCAAGCUGGGUGCCGUGCCUAUGCAGCAGUGCAAGCUGUCUGAUGUGCAGCUGCUGUCCGAACAGCAGGAACUCCACGGUGACCAGGAUCAUCUACGCCUCCAUCUUGCUGCUGGGGACCAUCGUCGCCUGCAUCAUGCUGUCACCAGGUGUGGAUCAGCAGCUAAAAAGGAUCCCAGGCUUCUGUGAAGAUGGAGCUGGAUCUUCUAUCCCCAGCCUGAAGGCUAAUGUCAACUGUGAAAUGUUUGUUGGCUACAAGGCAGUGUACCGCGUCUGCUUUGGCAUGAGUAUGUGUUUCCUGGCGUUUUCCAUUCUUAUGAUUAACAUCAAGAACAGCAGAGACCCCCGUGCUGCCAUCCACAAUGGAUUUUGGUUCUUUAAGUUUGCUGCUUUGGUGGCAGUUACAGUCGGUGCCUUUUACAUUCCAGAUUGGCCUUUUACCUACACGUGGUUUGUUGUGGGCUCCGGUGGGGCCUUCUUUUUCAUUCUGAUCCAGCUGGUGCUGCUGGUGGACUUUGCCCACUCCUGGAACGAGUCCUGGUUGGAUAAGAUGGAGAGUGGCAACUCCAGGGGUUGGUAUGCAGCUCUGCUGGGGGUUACAGUCCUCAACUACAUCCUGUCCUUAACUGCUGUCAUACUGUUCUUCGUUUUCUACACAAAGCCUGAUGGAUGCUUCAUCAAUAAGUUCUUCAUCAGCUUCAACAUGCUGUUCUGCAUGCUGGCCUCUGUUGUCUCUGUGCUGCAUAAAGUACAGGAGUCUCAGCCACGUUCAGGUCUUCUACAGUCCUCCAUCAUCACCCUGUACACCAUGUAUAUCACCUGGUCUGCCAUGACCAAUGAGCCUGAUCAAGAAUGUAACCCCAAUCUACUGAGUAUCUUACAGCAUAUCACCGCCCCCACGCUGGCCCCUCUGGAGAUGGAGAACCAGACAGCUGUGGUGAUCGUCGACACAGAGGAACCUGUGUUGACGUCCCCGUACCUACAGUGGUGGGACACCCAAAGCAUCGUGGGACUCGCUAUAUUUAUCCUGUGCAUCCUCUACUCUAGCAUUCGUUCGUCCAGCACCAGCCAGGUAAACAAGCUGACCAUGGCCUCCAAAGACUCGGCCAUCCUGGCUGAGGGCGGCAGCAGCCCCGACCUCUCAGAGGAGUCAACAGGACCCAGGCGAGUGAAGGACAAUGAGCAGGACAUGGUCCAGUACAGCUACUCCUUCUUCCACUUCAUGCUCUUCCUGGCCUCGCUCUACAUUAUGAUGACCCUCACCAACUGGUACAGCCCUGAUGCAGACUACACUGUAACUAGCAAGUGGCCAGCAGUGUGGGUGAAGAUUACCUCCAGCUGGGUGUGUUUAGCCAUGUACAUCUGGACCCUGGUGGCCCCCAUGAUCCUCACCAACCGAGACUUCAGCUGAUCAGUAACUCCAUCACUGACUCCACAAAAAAACAAACCUCUUCUUUUUUUACAUAAUACCAUAUUGCCUACAUCUUACUUUCCAAACUGACUCACACUUUAUCCCUUUAGCUGGAGUUCAGUUUUAUUAUUUCUGGAUUUAUUGAAGUUAAAAUUGGGUCUUAUUCAGAGAUGCCAUAACAGCUGCUUCAGGUACAGGUAUUUACUGUAGUGAUUUCAUACCAGUCAGUAGCAGCUGCUCAUUAAUUGGACAUCCCAGGACAAUCACACAUUUUCUAUUGAAGCACAAAAACACACCAUGAAGGAAAACCACUCCAUUUGUUGUUUGCAUAAAUUUAUGUGAAUUGUAAAUCAAAUUCAACAUUUUGAUAGUAUGUGAUCUUAAAGGUUCAGUGUGUAAUAUUUAGGAGGAUCUACUGACAGAAACGCAAUAUAAUAUACAUACUACAUGUACUCUACGGAGUGCAUUCAUGUGGUGCAUUCAUGUGGUGUCUGAAAAAAGUUUUUCCUCCUCCUUAAAUCUUUAUUUCAAAGAGGAAUAAAGUGUACAUUUACAUAAAGAAGUAUACAGAACAGUAUACAAAUAUAUAAGAAGACACAAAUAAUAAACUACCAGAGGUAAUCUAUAUUACAUAAAGAUAUUAUGUGUACACUUUUCACAGCGUAUUUUUUUUUGUUGGAUUUAGAAAUAUAAUUGAUAUAAUGUACAACUUCAUGGAGAAAAAGUAAAAAGUUAGGUUUUUUACUGCUGAAUUUACAAUUGCCAUUAGAAGUAAUACAUUUAUUAUAAACUAUUUUGUCCGAGGAGCAAGUUAAUGCACAGAGAUUUGCAACCCUCACCACUAGUUGCCACUAAACAUUCACACUGAACCUUGAAGAAACUAAAUUUAUGUAUGCUUUAACAACAAAUAUUAGCCAGAUUAAAUCAAAAUAUUAAAAAAAUAUAUUUUUAACAUUGCUGUUGAAUGUUCUAGAAAUUUCAGUAUUACAGUAUCAAUAAUAACCAACCCUGGUUUGUGAAUGUAAUACAGUAGUAAGCUCAUAUAGUUUGCUGCUUUGCCUUGCGAUGCCUUAUAUGUGUGUCAAAUGUUUCAAAUAAUUGAAUGUCUUGAGCGUAAUAUGAAGCACAUGAGUGUAGUGGGCUAUUGCUGAUUAACAUGACACAUUCCUGCAAUAUGACUCAAAAGUCAACUUUCUGCCAAAUAUUCUACCUAUUCGAUAUUCAUUGUAAAGGUGUCUUUGAGAUGGGAUCAUUUCAGGUUGUAAAAUAAAUCCAUACACUGCACUGAACACACAGAUACAAUCAAAAUAUAUGUGAUAUGAGUAAUGAUUGCAUUAUUUUCUGCAUCACUGUGUGACUCCACAUAGUAUGGAAUAGCUUUAAUAUUUAUUAUGAUUUUACUUGUAAAGAAUCUUUUUUAAAUCCAAAAAUAAGUUGUGUUUUGUAAGAAAUGUCUGUUUUAAUUGAAUGAAAUAUCAGGGAUGCCCAGAUCGAUCAGACUUUAUUUACUGAUUUUGGUGAAACUGGAUCGUAUUUCAUAGAGUUUCUGGAUGGACAGAUAGCUUUAAAGGAACCGCUAACUGCUGCUAACUGUAGCUGCCUUUAGCUAGUUAGCUUGGAUGCCUAGCUGCAAGGCUAACUGUAGCAACUACUGCUAAUGGCAGCAGCUGUUAGUUAGCGAUUAUUUUAGCAAGAAGUAAAGCCAUCUGUAUAUCAAGAGACAAAUUACUUUCCUUCACAACUGAAAAAGCACUUUCUGUGAGGCAUAUUGAACAACAAAUUUUAAGAGUAGUCCUGAGCAGAGUAGUCUCGCAUAGCCAGACCAUCUCCACACUUUGUUUUAGUGCUGUGCCAGUGCUGGAGAAAACACUAAGAGCAGAGCGGUCAAAUAACGGACAUCCAACGCCAGUGCGGUAGGAAAGUGGAAAAAAAUAUAUUCAAACAUAGCAUUCAGAGCAGCCUAAGCCUGAGCUUUUUGCUCACAAUGAUUACUUUUACAUAUGUUUACCUCAUUAUUGGAGACUUUGGCUAUAUUUAGUAUGAAUAUCUGACAUUGUAACAUUAUAUACAGUAUAUCACAGAAAAUAAGGGAAAGCACAAAAGGUCCCCAUUAAUGCUUUCUAGUUGUCAAUGAUGCAAAAAAUGUAGCCAUUUCUCAGCUUAGUUGGAGUAAUUAUCGCAUGCUUAAUAACCAAAAGGAGCACUUCACCCCCAAAAUUAUUUGUAUAUAAAUUACUCAAUACUUGGUGCCUUGAAUUACAGAAAAACAAAUUUUCUCAUAUGCCAAUGCAUCCAAAUGAAUGUAGAAUGAAUCCAGAACACGCUAUCCAGACUAGCUAAAGUAGAUGGUGCUCCUAUUUCUAAUAUAUCAUCAUUUAUCAUCAUGCUCAAUAUUUGCUCAUGCAGCUAACAGCUGCUGUGUGUGUGUGUGUGUGUGUGUGUGUGUGUGUGUGUGUGUGUGUGUGUGUAGUCCCGGCUUCACUGGCCAGGAGCUGCAUGUGUGGUUGUUCAGGUGACACACAAACUAAAAUAAAACAUGACAGCGGUUGAUCCCAAUACACAACAUCUCAGUCAAACUGACCUAUAAAAUUGCUGUACCAGCUGCUAUAACAAAAGAAACUAAUUGUUUUGGCCAAUAUGGCUCAUAGAUGAUCACCAAUCGGUAAAAAAAAACAUGAUCAGGGCAUCUCUAUUAAAUAUGUUUAAGAAGAUGAAACCAGACAUAUGUGACACAAACACUGACCAAAUGCCUUGUAAGCCAAAGUGAAUUUCUGUGGUUAGGGUGUUUUAAGCAGGUUGUGAGUUCUCAGUAGUGCUUCUGCAGUUCGGUUAACUGUUUAUGUUUAAUGUUCUAACCGAUUUAUAGGCAUGUAUGUUUGCUUUGACUCAGUUUUCACUGUAGAGAUUCAAUGUGCAACACUCUUGACACAAAUAAACAAGCUUGUUCAUCAUGUU